AUGGCUUCUACACAAGGCUUUUCGCUCUUUCCGACGACCGUGCCCAAGAUCGCCAUACCGAACCCGCACAAGAAGAACCCAAGCUUGCAUCGAAUCAGCAUUGUCGCUUCUCCAGAAAGUACCGUCUCAAAUGCUGAGUCGGUGGUGAUCAAGAUGGAGCAUGAACAACCUCCCUUGCCUGAACUUCCGCCGCACCUGAACGAGCGAAGAGAUUCGUCUCCAUCGCCGGAAGACAUUGGACGGGCAAUUACCACCAGCUCUCCUAUUGACGGCAAAACCCCGACUCAGCCGUUUACUGCUUCGACGAGUCUGGCCCAAUAUACACCUUCCUUGUAUCAAUCCCCCGAAAUGGGCCACGCAUCGCCGCAGGCGUCCUUUUCUGUAGGCACAGGAUCAUCAACGACACUCGUCCAGGUGCAGACACAGCCUCAGCCUCCAAAAACGCCCCAGACGGAGACACAGACAGCUGUUUCAAUCAGGCCUCCAAUCGAUCCUUCGCCAAUCGUCCCUAUCAGGUCCAUGUUCCCUACCUACAACCCAUCUGUGCCUUUAAAGAAACAGCCGUACGCCCCUCAACGCCCGCUUCCAGCUCAUCUGUCAGCUAUCACCCCUUUUGGUGCCCUCUCUCGGGAUGACUAUCGAAGCAGUCUUUCUCUCCCAUUCGCAGCUUCGACGCACAGAUCAGCGCCACCAAGCAUUGUCAAUUUCCCCUCGGACGUAAUGAGUGUGAAUUACGGACCUCGUAUCUCAACGCAACGUGACCUUGAGAAGUUGUGGGAAGCAUCACAUGGAACGGAACCAGAUGCCGCCAUUAGAUCCUUUACACUUGAAAUGGCUCGAACAGAGGAGGCCACAUUUGUUUUUGGCUCUCACGCCUCUUUACCGUUCUACACCCUUCAAACAUACGAUACGAACGAGAUUGCCGUAACCAAAACCUGUCCACGGAAAGCCACCUCUACGCGAGAUGUGGUUUUGUGUCCCUUGGAACCACCUUCCCGGCGUCAACCACCCAACGAUGGCCUCGUGGCCUUUAUCUUUCCCAAACUCGCUGCUAUGCUUGCAAUCAAUCAAUCUGCAUCCCUAGCCCGCGAACACAAUCUUGCCCCAACGGACCGUGACGACAUCGAGGCUCAAGCGGUUCGUCGAGCUGCAAAACAAGAGGCGUGCUCUUUGCGUUUCAAUGCUCGUAGUGGCUUCUACGAACUAGAACACCCUGCCAUCGGCCGCGGCUCAAUGGGCGGUGACUUUGCAGCAGCCGAUACCCCGACUCCCGCUUCCCCAACCACUGUCCGCAGUAUGAGCGGCAAGCCUGUCCUGCAUAUUACGGUGUCUCUCGAAAGUUCUCUCCCGACUAUAUAUGUCGUGGACCCAAGUGGUGCGCAGCGUGCUAGGCUCGGGACCCCGCUAGCCUCUGCAAGUACUGGGAUCAGAAGACUUUCCAACAUGCCUCAGGUAGACUCCAAUGCGGCGGUGACUGCGAGUUCAGAGACGCCUCCUCUGGCAACCCUUGAUCUUACCGCACAGACGCUGUUCAUUGACGCAAACGCCAUUCUCGAACUGAUGCCCUCGUUGUUCAGCAUAGACAGCGUCAUUAGCGCGCUCCUUGCAGUUGCAGUGGGCGACUCCACCGUCAAUCCAGCUAUGGGCGGCAUGGAAAUAUGGAAGCCCCGCCCGGCUCCUGCAUCACGACUUGGACCGAGCAACAGAAGCCACAGCAUGCGCACUACACGAGCUGGUAGUGUCAAAAGUUACGCAGGAAGCACAUUCUAUGCUACAAUUGCCGAGCGCGAGGAGGCCGAGGAAGAAGCAAAGCUCAUGCGCAAAGAACAUGAGAACGAUGUUCGAGGGAGCCGAUCAGCGCCAAAGGGGCGAUCAUGGUUUGGCCGAACGCCUGGGGAUGUUGACCACGAUGACGAAGCCGACGCUGAUGAAAAGAGGACAACUGGAAAGAGUAGAAAAGGGAAAAGGCACAACGACAAGAAAAAGGUCACAAUGGCAGAGUUUGAUCUCGAGAAACUAGGCCACUAUCAAUCUGGAGACCGCAAAGGCGAGGAAUUGCCUGUGCUUACGCGUUCUGCCCUGAGUUUUCUCAUAACGGGCCUCAAGCUGCUGGUAUGGGUUUUGACGACGAUUGUUCAGCUACUUGCGUGGGUCCUGGUCAAUGUCUCGAGGGCGGUCACGAGUGAGAAGUUUUAA